UGAGAAAGGAAGCGGUCGCGUUUUGUUUACGUUUACUCCGCAUAAAAUACAUCAGCAUCAGCAAACUAUUUUUGAUUAAAUCCAGGAUUUUUUAGAGGAAAAAGAAAGCGACAGGAGCUAUGUCGUGUAAUUAUGCCGAUGGUCUAUCUGAUUACCAAAAUAAAGGAGUGUUGGGAGUACCAGAGAUUUUCGACGAUGAAGAAACCGUGGAGCAGAAAUGCGAACAGCUGGCGAAAUGGAUUCAGGGUUCAAAGCAUGUUGUAAUUCAUACUGGAGCCGGGAUCAGCACCAGUGCAGGUAUCCCGGAUUUCCGUGGACCUAAGGGUGUGUGGACGCUGGAGAAGAAAGGCGAGAAGCCUUCGGUGAACGUGGCCUUCGAUGAAGCCAUGCCCACCAAAACUCACAUGGGAUUGAAGGCACUGGUAGAAGCUGGAUUUGUGAAAUACGUAAUCAGUCAGAACAUUGACGGACUGCAUUUGCGGUCCGGACUGGAGCGCAAGUACCUGGCGGAACUGCAUGGCAACAUGUUCAUAGAGCAGUGCAUCAAGUGUCGGCGGCAGUACGUUAGGAGCAAACCGGCGCCCACCGUUGGGAAGAAGCUGACCGGGGAAAUGUGCAAGGGAACCAAAAACUCCCGAGCUUGCCGAGGUGGUAAUUUGAUAGAUAACAUUCUGGAUUGGGAGCACGACCUGCCCGAAAGCGAUCUGGACCUGGCCUUUAUGCACUCUACGUUGGCAGAUUUGAACGUUUGCCUUGGGACCACGUUGCAGAUUGUCCCCAGUGGAAAUCUGCCGCUGCGAAACAAACGAUACGGUGGCAAACUGGCCAUAUGUAAUCUGCAACCGACAAAGCAUGACAAGAAAGCCGACCUGAAAAUAUCAACCUACGUGGACACGAUCAUCGAAAAGGUGGCCAAACGAUUAGGAGUUGAAAUUCCCGCCUAUACAAAGGAAGUGGAUCCCACCAAAGACGAGCCGUGUUCACUGGAGUGGACCAUUCCGACUGAGGAGGUGAAAAGCUUAGACAAGCAGUAUUCCAAAACCGUUCGGGAGCUGAUGAAGAAUAGAAAGAAAGGUUCGAGCGGUAGUAGUAGCUUUAAGGAGGAAGAAGUUGACGAAUUUGAAUUCAAAUGCAAGAAGUUUAAGAAGGAAAAAGCAGAACCUAAUGAGGGCGAUUCUGCGACGACGACAACGACAAAGGUCGAAAGCGGAGAAGUGAAACAUGAACAACAUGAUGCAGCUGGAGAAUAAAUUGCUUUUGCGUGUAGAAAUUUAUAAG